GUUUUGAAUGUAUCUAUGGUUGACUCACUCCGUGUUUGCUCUUCUUCCUAGGUCUGACAUGGAUGACAGCGAGGAAAGGGGAUCCUUUUUGUCAUCGGAAGACGCGGCGCAGAACAUAGACUCAGUCUUUGCUCAAAUCGGUUUCGGUCGAUGGCAGCUCAUCCAGAUGGCUGCUGCGAUGCUGAGUUAUGCCGCCUUAGCACCUGGCCUUAUUGGCUCAACGUUGACAAAUGCGCCUAUCGCCUACAGAUGUGGCGACGACGAUAUAUAUGAAUCGUCGAGGCCUUUUGACAAUGAGUGUCAUUACAAGUACUACGACUCAGACAAUGCCACAUUCCAUAAUGAAAGUGGCACUGCGAAUGUCAGCGUGAGUUGUAGCCAGCCAACGUUAGCUUCUUCAUAUAAUGGUACAGCCUCCGCCAUGAUCAUUGAAUCCAACACUUCGAGUCCGCCUUGCGUUGCGUGGGAUUAUGACAAUACGGUUUUUACUUCGACCGUUUCGAUGGAGGUAAAUUGA